AUGUCACAUAAUAUGACAACAGAAAAAAUGGAAGAGUCAGGGCAUUCUCCAUACUUUAAUAAGAGUUUAAGAUAUGAAAGGAAUCGACCUAGAUUUAGAACUAUAUUAUUAAGAACUUUUGGAUACUCGAUGGCUACAAUAUUUCGACUAUUUUAUAUGUUAAUUACGAUGACCAUGAAUUCUCAGAUUUUUGUAAUAGUGGUUGUAGGAUUAACUACUGGACAAUUAAUUGUGGAAUAUUUGCGCUCAAUCUCUGCCUACACAUCUAGACAUAACUUAAUUGGUAUGCACUCGUCGGUUAAUUUAUCUCAUAAGGAUGAUGAUGACAUACCGUCAGCAACUACUCUAGGGAAUGAAUCAAUUAGUGACAAAAUUGUACCCAAAUCUCAAAUAUCAAAUAAUGUAAAAAUAGAUUUGAUAAAAAUUUGGUUUGAUGGCUGA